GUUAUAACGAAGCUGCGAAUUUGUUGUGACCAGCAAAGAUUCCCAGAAAUAUAUAUAUAUAAAAAAACAAACAACUCCAAAACACACAAACAAAAGAUAUGGCUACAAAUAACUUUUUACUUUAUGUGUUAUUUUUACUAAAAGUUGUUACUGCAAAUGUGGAAACUAAUGAAAGACCAUCAUUUUUCUCCAUGCCGACAUAUCCUUUUAUUGCUGUUGUUUCCAUUAUAAGUUUAGCCAUCACAUCUUGGGUGGGAAUCUUUCUCUGUACAGACUGUUACAAUUCUGAGGUUGACAGUAUGAACCAUCCAGCUUGUAAGACCCAGAAAACAAGCCAUCCAACACCACAAGCAAAUCCACUUGCUAUGCAUUAUGGCAUAUCUCAACCAACAUUUCCAAUGCCACAACCAUAUUCAACAGAACCUCAAACUGUACCAUCUGCACCUUCUCUAGAACCUGCGGCCUCUUUAUACUUUUCACCACAGAGGUAUGGGGCAAUGAAAGGUUAUGACACCAAUGUCUACUAACAAAACUCCUUUGGAACAUUGAACCUCAUUAUCAUUUUGUUUAUUUGCUCAAAUUUUGUCAUAUAGUUCCUUAAUAUUUAUAGAAACAUUAUUAACAAGGGCUUUCAAACAUUUGUUUAAAUGUUAACCUUUAUUGUUCAUCAGCUUUUAAUGUAAUGUUUGUCUCUGUUAGAAUGGUCUUCAGAGCAAAUUCAUUUGUAUUUUAAAUAAUAUAAGCAUUAUUCAUGUGUGUGUGUGUGUGUGUGAGAGAGAGAGAGAGAGACCCCUGUUGUAGCCAUGUAGGAUUUCAGCAGGUCUGGACAACUUCUCUUGAAAUCCAUGCAAACAUAAAUAUUAUCUAGUUUUUGGAGGUUUUUUUUUCCUUUUUCCCUUACUAGACAGAUUAUGGUGGAUCCAGUUUAAAAACUGAUGACUGCCCCUUUGGUUGAUAUUCUAAUUAAACUUAUAUAACACACACAAACAUACACACACAAUUAUUACACUUCUGCCAGCUUAAACAUUCCCUCUGACCUGACCAUCCUAUUAUAUUUAUAUAUAUAUACUCAAAAUAAGCAACAAGGAUAUCCAAAGGUAGUGUAGUACAAUUGUUUCAUGCUACUUCAUUUAAUUAAACAAUGUAAGUAUUACAUCAGUUUUAAAAUGUAGAGCACUCUU